UCGCCGAUUGCCGCGUUCGCAUUUCCCGUGGCUCCGCUUCUGGUUCAGUCGAAGUUGAGCACUUUCUGUUGUUCCUCCAACAGCAGUUAAAGAAGCCACAGAAACGAAAACGAACCAACUUACCGGAGUGUCAACGUAAUAUUUGUUCGUCCGAUACCGAUUACGAUUCUGAUACGAAAGAAAAGCGUGCGUGUUUUUUGAGAGCUGUCAAUUUUGGCAUUUUGCGUAAAAAUCGUAAUUCUUGUCUCGAAGUCGAUGUUUUUCAAAAAUAGGUACGAAAACAUGUUCUAUCUCGUUUGGAUUUUGAAUAUUUAAUUGUUGGUUAAAGUUCGGUUUCGCCGGUUUUUCUUGAACCUACCUCGGAACAGCUUGGACCGUAAUUGUCCUUCCAAAGGUAGGUGGAUGAACAUUUUUUAAAAAUAAUCACUUUUCAAAGGAAAAGCAAAACAGUGUGUGUUUCGCUUUUGUCAUUUUUAUUGAUUUCGAAAUCGGAAUACAAACAAAAAUUCGGUCAAUUUACCGCUAGAGUGUUAUUCAAAACAAAGAGUACCGUUGUUGUGCGAAAAUAUAUGUAAAUAAAGCAAAUAUAGUGCUCGUGUGAUAUUGAGUGAGUGGCGUUUUGAAUUUGUUGUGUGUUCUGUUCUGCUACCGGAUAUCCGGAUUGGAAAAUUGUAUUGUUUUGAGUGUGCUGUUGCUACCAUUAAAAUAGCGCCAUGGCCAUAGCCAUUCUCGUUCCGUGCGAAUAAUUUGGCGGUAAAAAGUGCAUAUAAUUCAUACUUAAGUGAAUUUAAAAUUCAAAUAAAAACAAACGAUAAGGAUUACAGGAAAACAAAACAAAAAAAAACUAAUUCCUUGCGUUUUGCUCAAAAAUGACCAUUGACCAGAACAACCAUAAACCGGAUAUCACCAGUCCCCACAUGAUUGAAAACAGAUUGCUUUCUGGCCUCAUCAUCAAUUAAGAUGUCAAAAAAUGGUCAGUUCAUGAUCUCUUCACUUCGUAAAACCACUUUAAAGGCAUCAACUAGAACCAAGCUUAGCAAAGCAUCAAUUUCUCAACUUAAUUAUGACAUAAAUGUCACACUUGUUGCAGAAGAUGUUAAGAAAAUCUCAGCAAAUCCGAUGAACAAUAAUUAUUAUUUUUAUCGGAAUUUGUUUAUUAAUAUAACUCGAUCUAAUCCUGGGAUUGGUGCUGUAUAUUGCUUUCGUCGUCGUUCUCGUUGUCGGUCAUAAAAUCAUCAUUUCAAUAUUUACAAAAAUACAAAAAAGUACUUAGUUAUGUUUAUAUUGAACGAACGCGACGUGUAUAAUUAAAAUUCAGAACGCUCGGUUGCCGCAGCCGUGCCGCCGCCGGACGCUGCCAGUGCAAAAUUUAUGUGACAAAUUUAACAGCCCACAAAAACGUUAAAUGCGAAUUUUACGCUUAUUGAAAUUCCGUGUAGUGAGAGUAUAUUACAUGCGUGUCCCUCUCCCUUACCCCGUUUUGAAUCGUUAAGACCUUUCGCGUUGUAUGUCGUGGUCAUCGCGGUCUUCGUCGUUGUCGUCGCGUCGGGUAUAUUCCUGUAUAUUUUGUGUAUUCCCUAAGCAUUCGGUGUAAAAAUAAAAAAAUAUAAAUAAUAAAAUCGAAAUGAAAAUCGCUUCUUUCAUCUAGAAAAACUACAUUUAUAAUAAGUGCCUAAGAAAUUGAGGAGAGAAUAUAUAAGAGUGUUAAUUUUUCUUGAAAAAAAAUUGUUAAAGCUAACGCAGUGUUUUUGUUUGUUUUCCUCAUUUAAUAGAAGAAGGAAAUUAAUAGAAAAAUCUUCUACAGGAUUACUCGCGGAUGUUGGAAAUGUAAUUACAAGCAAAAUUAAUAGGUCUAUUCCGGAAAACCUAAUAAUCUUUUCAUCACCCCUCAAGCGCUGAUGCACACCCAGUCACACAAUACCCGCCAUCAUCAUAAUACCGUCAGUGGAGCUGCAGUUGGAGUUGAAGUUGCAGUUGUUGCAUAAUAUUCACCGUUGUAAUAGCAUUGGCAACAUCAUCGGCAACGUUGUCGUCGUUGUUGAAAUAAUCACGCAAUGUUUCCACGACUGUCCGGGCCGGACAUAUUCUCAGGUGCCACCACAACAGUGCGUCCAGUUUUUCCCAAUAGCCGGCUAGCAUCAUUAACCCACUCAUCAGGCUCAUCAUCCGCAGCGGACAGUAAUGGUGAUGAUGGCAGAGACUUCAGCAAUAAUGGCUAUGCCACACCGGGAUCUGUAGCUCAUGGUUCAGCGUCCGAUGCGUCGUCGUCCACAAUCCAAGACAUCACCUCCGAUAGCAGUAGUAGUUCAAUUAGUAAUUUCUUUCCCGAUGACGAGGACUGGUGGUCGAAUGCCAUCGAAGAGGAUACCUUCGAUUCGCCGCUGGCCUUCGAUGCUAGCGAAAAUGGUCUGUGGAAUGGACGUUUUGUACCACCGCCUCCGCGGCCGCCAUUCUUGGAUGAGAGUGUUUCGGCCGAUGGUCUUACCACCUGUGAUUUAUGCACGUGGGCAUGGCAAAGAAAUGCCUACUUGGGGGAUGGUUCGUUGGAUCCCGCAGGCGAACUGGGAUGGGCGUUUACCUUAAUCAUAGUUUCAAUCAUAUCAGCUCUUAUAGGUGCUAUAGUAAUGGUGGUAGUCCUUAGAUGUAGAAGAAUAAAAUCGGCAAAUGGCAAUGGAGGCCGCCCACUUCCCUGGUGGUGUAGGAACAGUAGAGCUGGCACAAAUGGACGUGCCUCGAUGUCAGCCAAACACCCCGCAGACAGUAUACGUAGGCCCACCAGCAAUUCCGGUGUAUGGACUUGGCUCAGCAAUCGAAGAUCAUCAGCUGGUCCUGAUCAAAUUGGACCACCUUCAUCGUCACCUGCAGAAAAUCACUACACCCACAUGGAUGAUGCGUAUAGUCCGGUCGGCGUCGGUGAAGCUCUUUACGCUGAAUUGGACCGUGAAUCAGUACGAUCAGCUAACCCAUCGUAUCAGAACACCGCUUACAGUCAGUGCGGUGAGAAGUAUAACUUCCAAGCACACGAUCAGGACAUUCCAAUGGUUGUGUCAUCAGCACCAAGCAGUGCCUAUUACUCGGAUCUUUCUGUGACAGCAGUUCCCGGUUCCAACGAUCGGGCCUAUGAAGUAGUUGGACUCACGGUAAUGUCACAACCACUGCCAAAUUGGGAUGCGACGGGAGAUUCUAGUGGUGGCAGUAGUGGAGGACUGGCCUCUGCGCGACGUAUACCCCGCCUAGCGGCCAUCAACGAAAGUACGACCACAGUGCCCUCGGAUUAUGUUUAAUUUUUGAGUUAACAAACAAAUGGGUUCUUUGCUUUUUGCUCCUCUCCUGCCACACAUCCUCCUAAUUGAUAUACUAAGUUAUUUUGUACAAUUUUGUUGUAAAAAAAUAUAUACAUACACGAGCUUAAGAAAAUUUAGUAUUAGUUUAAACAUAUGUAGUUUUGUUUAAUCAAUUAUUUUCCUUUAUUCUUCUAAUAAAUAAAGUAUAAUAAGCGAUGAAAUCGUUGGUGAUAUUUAUAUAAAUUAUAAUUAAUAAAAAAAAAAGUUAAAACAAAUAACCAAUUCUGUACUGAUGUUAAGUAAAACGAAAUACAAUUUAAUAUAAAAAUAAAAACAACAAAUAUAAAGAGCUUCUUUUAAAAAGAAACAGCGAAUCAUAAAAAUAAAAAAUAGAAAUAGAAAUAGAAACAAAAUUAGUGGACAUUUUUAUUGUUAAGAAAGUAAUUUUUAUAUAUACACAACAAACACACACGAAAUAUAAAUUCUAUAUGUAUACAACAAUAAUUAAUUAUUUUAAAUCGAAGAAUUAAAAAUAUAUUGUAUAAAGAUAUAUUUACAAAAAAAAGAACAUAAAAUGCGGUUAAAACUAAAACAUAAUAAAACAAAACGUUUUUUGCUCAUAAAGCAGUAGUAAUUCUUUAGUGACAUGUUGAAAAUGCAAUUAAUGCUGCCAAUACAGGAAUAACCAAUUUAAAAAAAUAUAUAAAAUUUUGGUUUCAUACAUUUUAAGAUCUUAAUUUAAAUUAUUGAAAAUAAAAAUUAAAAUAAACUUUUUAGUUUUGUUCAAAAAUUGUGAUUGUUUUCUUUUGUAUUUUAAGUUGAACGUAAUCGUUUUGUCAAUAUUUUAAAAAUAUUGUUAAUUUAAAAUUACAAUUACUUUCUGUUUAGUUGUAUGAUGGUCUUGUAUAUAGUAAUUUUAAUAAACAUGAAAAAUCUUUUAAAACUAAUAUCAUAA